AUGCGACGUACCCGAUCCAAUCCAAAUAUUCUUAUCACGGGUACUCCGGGCACCGGGAAAACCACUUUGGCUAAGGAAGUUGCAGAAAGAUGUGCCUUGAAUUUUGUUAGUGUUAACGAUGUCGCAAAGGAAGGAGAACUCUAUGACGGAUACGAUAAUGAAAACGAUUGCCACAUCUUGGACGAAGAUCGAGUUGUGGAUGAACUUGAAGAUUACAUGGCACAGGGUGGUCAGGUAGUUGACUAUCAUUCUUGUGAUUUUUUCCCCGAACGUUGGUUUGAUGCGGUUUUUGUACUGCGAACGGAUAACUCCAUUUUGUAUCCCCGAUUAUCUGCUAGAGGUUACCCGGGAAAGAAAAUUUCUGACCUUAUACAUUGCGAAAUUGUGCAGGUAGGCUUUCGUUUCACAAACAGACCUCGAUGUAUGUAUGUGAGCAAAUUACUUUCCUUUGUUUUCCUGUCUCGCGCCACUACCUUGGCGUUAUCAAUCGCAAUCUGGUGA